GUAAGCAUAUAAAUGUACUGGAGAGGCGAUGAGGGAAAUUAGGACACGAAUAGCGUAUUUAAAGAGAAAAAUUCGCAACGAAAAACAUAUUCCUCCACUCGUUUGAUUUGCAGUUCCUGACAGAAUGGAAAGUUCAGCUUCGACGAGCAAUGACUGCAAAGUGAAAAGACACAUUAACUUGCUUGACGACGAAGAUGUGGAAUUGAAUAAUCCCCACCGUAAAAAAGCAAAGAGCUUCGAUUUAGAUUUAGCAAGCGAAGAGAAAAAAACCCUCUUCCCAUCGUACUCAAUACAUCUUGGUCGUAAUCUUGUCAUGGAACUCAAGGAGUUCCGUGGAUCUCAUUACAUCGGCUUAUCCAGACAGACCUCCAAUAACGACAUCAAAAAUCGGUUUAAUAUCCCCCUCGAAAUGCUGGAUACCUUGAAACAGGCCUGCGAGCACAUGAUCAAUCACAUUAAACGCAAUCGAGUGGUUUAAAAAAAAACGCUUGUUUUUUAAAUUUAAUUGUAUUAUUUUUAUUUUUUUCAUUUUUCUUUUUUUGAAAUCAGUGUGUUAUUAUGUAUAAAUGAAUGUGUGUUAUAUAUUUAACAUUGACUACU